GCCCAGCCCAGCACAUCCCUCCUCUCGCGGGCAGCCCCGCUCCCGCCCUGGCGCCUUCAUUAGCUCUAGGGCGGCGGCCGGCGGUAGCGGGGUCGAUGGUGGAGGCGCGGUGGUGGCGGCAGCGACAGAAGCGGCGCUGGGGGGUGCCGGUGCUGCUGGUGGUCUAUGUAGGCUAUGUGGGGCUGGGCGCCGGGGUGCUGCAGGCGCUGGAGCGGCCGGCCGAGGCACGGGCGGCUCAGCAUCUCCUGCGGCAGCGCUGGGAGCUGCUUGCCAACCACACCUGCCUGCGGGGACCCGCCCUGCAGCGGCUCAUCGAGGGUAUUGUCCAAGCCUACAAGAGUGGCAUAACCCUCCAGGGAAACACCACUAGCCUGGGCAGGUGGGACUUCAGUGGGUCUUUCUUCUUCUCCAUCUCUGCAAUAACAACCAUUGGCUAUGGGAACCUGAGUCCCAGCACUGCAGCUGGUCGAAUCUUCUGCAUCUUGUUUGCACUCUUUGGGAUCCCCUUGAAUCUUGUACUCCUGAAUGAAAUUGGGCAGCUGAUGCUGUUGGGGGUUCAGCAUUGUAGCCAUCGCCUAGAAGAGGCAUUUCAUUUGCAGAAAAAAUCUUCCCUGCUGAUUAAGACCUCUGCGCUGGUGACUGGCUUGUUAUUGUUCCUUCUCCUACCUCCCUUGUUGCUCUCUGACAAAGAAGGCUGGUCUUAUGAAGAAGGCUUCUAUUAUUCCUUCAUUACCCUCAGCACUAUAGGGUUUGGAGAUUAUGUGAUUGGGAUGAACCCAGACCGUACCUACCCAGGCUGGUACAAGAAUGUAAUCUCUCUGUGGAUCCUCUUUGGGAUGGCCUGGCUAACACUGGUUAUCAAACUUUGCAUCAACUUUCUAGAGAGCUCCAGUGACUUCUGUCAGUGCAACAAGAGCACGGUAGAAAAGUUCAUGGAUGGCAACAGAAAUAGUACAAAGGGACUUCAUGAUGUAGAGAUCUGCAAUGACAAAGACACAAAAACAAAAGGGCCAGAUGAACCUCACACCUACACAGCUCCUGCAGAAGCACUCUAGGGAAGAAUCAUAUCCUUGGUGUCUCCUAGGUUUUAGUGCACCAGAGAUGCAUCACUUAGAUAUUUGGGAACAGAACUGCCCUGAUGUUCACAUGGGGUAAAAUCUUGCUUAUUGAACUUGAAAUACUUCUAUUCUGAAUAGAGUGGUGACAACAAAAUAUUUCAUUUGCAGCACCACUAAGAAUUACCAAUGGGAAUCAGCCAAAUCUUAGCCAAAAAUAGAUAUUGUCCAACCUCCCAUCUCAAUAUAUGAAGCAAACUUUGACAUCCAUAUGCAAUGCUAGCUGUUGUCCUCUUCUUUACAUGCAAAGUUCUUGUAGUCCCUAAUUGUAAGUAUAGCAUUUUGCAAACACCACAACUAGAAAAACAAGUGCCAUUUAAUGCAGGAAAUGUUGCUGAAAGAGUUAAUGAAAAUUACUAUAUAAAGCCACCUGGCAGUCACUACAAAUGUGCUUCAUCACCCAUAUGCUUGUGCUUGCCAAAGGUGGUAACAUGCUUUUGAUAAUUAGUACAUGGAUGGCAAUGAGGCAGAGCUCAUACAGGUGCUUAAUAGAAAUAUAAUUCCUUUUUUUUAAUAAAUUUCUACAUGAGAGGUCCGCUAAUAUUAAAAAAGACUAGGUAGUUAGGCUGUUCCUUACUCUAGAACUUAUACAGGCUCAUCCUUUAUGAAGUACUAUGUAGACCAAAUGUCAUCAGCUAAUGGGACAGUUCAUUUAGAUAGAUUUUUAUUUUGCCACAUUUUAGAAGCCAUAAAAGGAGGAACAGAGGCAAUUUUAAAUACUAGUGAUUCCAACAUUAUCCUAUGGCCAGUGCUAACAAGGGCAACUUUAAUCUAGAAACAGACUGAAGUGUCUUCAACUGUGAUCAAGAAAUACUAUUCUGAUGAACUUCUCAUGUCACAAAUGAGUAGUGUAUCUGUUCUAGCUCACAUCUCUUAUAUAAGCACAACUAUCUUUUUAUCUGCAGAAUGCCAUAUUCUGCAGAAUUUUGCCUUUUUGUCAAUUAUGAAACGAAACUGGUUUGUGUUGCUUUGUGGGGUUGGGAUUUUUCCCACUUCCAUUAAAUUCUACAAAAUCUUUUCAUACAUUAUGCCAUUUAUAAAGACCCAAAAGAGUCAAACUCCUGCUGCCACUUAUGUACCCAUAUCUAAUUUUCUCAUUUUCUUAUUCCUGUUGUGCUAUGUGCGUCUUAGAGCAUUAACUUUGAAAGCUUCAUCAUAGCAGUAAACCAGAAGGAAGCAUUUGGAUAGGCCUUCAGAUUCUGCAUUGGAUCAACACGUCAUAUGGAUGGUGGAGAAAAGACUGAAAACUUGGAUUUUUGAGGAUUGCCCUCAGGAAUUACAAGUAUUCAUAGCUGGAUUUGCAGAAAUGCAGUGAAUGAAAAGUUUACAGUCUUCAAGAAUGCAAGUUCUGAAAUACAUACCAUGAAAAAAAGUAUUUCUACAGUAGGCCAGUCUGAGUGUUUAUACGUGGUGGUACUGAUUACAGAAGAAAAUGCAGGGAAGGAAUCUGCUGGAUGAAAUCUAGUCUGUCAUUUAUUAGCCUUUUUGUCAUCACCUUUUUCCAACUCCACUGUAAUAAAUAUUCUCUCAAAUACUGUUUGAAUAUGCAGCAGAGAUAAGGAAGAAAGGUAAUGGAAAUCUCAGGUCAUAGUCAGGAAACUGGUGCAAAAUAAACACAUUUGAAUUUUUUGAAGAUUGGGUAAUUUCUUUAACAAACUUUAGCAUCAACUUUUUCAUAUAUGUUUUGUCUUGUUUAUUUUUACUGAUGCAUAUGCAAUGCAAGUUUUGCUAAUAUUCCUAAUGGACUGGCCUACAAUAAUACCAAAAUGUAUUUAUUUAAACCUAAGUGAAACACAGUUCCACAGCAUAAAAAGUGAUAACCUUUUAUGCAUAUUUUUUGCAGGUGAGAAACCUAGUAAAUAUAACUUCAUUGUAAAACCUGGAUGACCAGAUAGUAGGAGUAAGCAGUAGGACAGUAGGUGUUCCUACUGUCAAAGUGUAUUUCAACAUUAUCUUGAAGUGUCACAGGCUCUGAGGUUUCUACCAGCUCAGCUGUUUGAUGAGAAGGCUUAAUCUGAGAAGAUUUUCUUCUUUUCAAUUUGAAUGCCUGUUAUAUUAAUCACAUCUGAUUACUAUUCUUAUAUAUUUGUAGUAUGUGGAUGAGGUUUUCAAAAGAGCCUUAGAUGUUUGGACACCUUCGUCCCACUGAAGUGUAAACAGAGUCGCACGCCUUAGGACAGCUAAUAUACACUUCUGAGACCUAAAAGGAAGAGGAACUCGAGUAGUCCUGAAAAAAAAAGGAAAAAACAGUAAUUCUUCGUGGAUCUCAGUGUUUCCACUGUGUGUCAAGGUUCAUCCACAAACUGAAGCAUAUGGCUGGGUCUCAAGGUGACUCAAUAUCUGCCCCAGCAAUCCUUGCUGAUUCACUUCCUUCCGCAGAUGUGCUGUUGUAUUGCCUAGCAGCUCACCACCAGCAUAGUCCUGCCACUGUCUGGUACAGCAUGCUUACAGGAGGUACAUCUGAGCUGCUUGCAAGCCACGUGCAACUCCAGAGCUGUGAGUUGCCUGUUUGGGUCCUGGAUCACCUAAAAAAACAUGAAAUAAGUCAAAUUCCAGCUCUGCCUGGGUUCUCUGACACUGGAUUAUCAUGUUGUCAUUUAUGAAUAUCCUUAAUGUCAGUUCCCCAGCUAGCUUUUCAUAUGGACAAUAGAUAAUAUUGUAUCUGAGUCCCCACAAACUGCUGUGCCUCUAGUCUUUCUGUUCUUUAUAAAGCUGUGUUGUGGUUAAAUGAUGUGGAUGAAUUUAUUCCCAGAGGGAUGAGCAGAAAUUGGAGUUUUGCAACAUCAUAAAAACAUCAUCGCUGAUCUGUCUACUCUACCAAAAUAUGAAAGGUUAUCUGCUCAAGGGUAAAAUAAAGAAAACAAAAGCA